UGUAAGCAAUCUGUCAAAAUUAGCAAAUUGACGCUGUCGCCUCCAAGAAGAUUUAAACAAUCAUCAACGGAAGCGGAUGCAGCAAAAACCGUUUAUAAUCAACUUUAGUGACGUUUCUUUAGACGACCUUUGAAGUUGCAUUAGAAUGAGCGUUAUUCUAAUAACCGGAUUGCCAGGCGUCGGGAAGACAACGAUUGUAAAACGUCUCUGCGAAGACUUGCAGAAAAUUCCAAUCGCAUAUGAUGGCUUUUAUACUGAAGAGGUUCGAGAUGGGAUGGGUUGCAGGUCGGGAUUCGACAUUAUGACAUUCGACGGCCAAAGGAGUCCACUGGCAAGAGUGGGCGGUCUUGGUCCAGAUACAUCAAAAAUGCCGAAGGUGGGGAGAUAUUCAGUGUUCAUUAGUAACUUUGAAACGUUGGCACUGCCUAUUUUCACUAAAUCGUCCAGCACCUUAAUCAUUGAUGAAAUCGGUAAGAUGGAACUUCUCAGCAAUAAUUUUGAAAGUGCCAUAAAGGAUUUUAUAAAAAAACAAGAGGACAAAAACAAUGAAUCGUAUUUAGUGGCAACCAUACCUAGCCGCGGCCAAUUUCCAGUAGUGGAGAAAUUAAAAUCGAUAAAGGGAACAAAAACAUUUAUCGUCACCAAACAGAACAGAACGAAUAUUUACGACACGAUCUUGCGAGCAGUUAAGAAUAUGGUCUCCCCGAAACCAAAUAAUAAGAAAUGAAUAAAGACAUAUUUUAAUA